AUGAGUCGGCCAUCUGCGAAACUCUGCGCCGAGUCCCUUCCCUCAGCGCUGAGGAGCCGGGCCCCAGGGUUGACGGCGAGGAGAUCCGGACGUGGACGGGUACUGAUCGGGGAGUGUAGGUGGAGUGUGCAUAGCAGCAAUGGCGCAGCACGUCGUCAGACGGCGGGGGCGCAGGAUGUUUGGUUGAAUGCCAGGAAUGCGCAGCCGAGGACCGGAGCGUAUAUGCGGCGCUUUGCUACGGCAGCUGUGACUCAGCCUCAGGCUGAGAGUAUUGCGGGACAGACGGAGGAUGCGAGGGCUGGGGUGUCUGGCGGGCCGUUGCAGGAGUAUGAGGGGCGGGUGCAACAGGGGCGCUUGCGGGAUGAUCAGUAUCAGAGGGAGAUUGUCCAAAAGCUGCAGGACCUGCACGACGUGUUGAAAGGUUAUACUCCCCCGGCCGUUGUGCACCCGAGCGUUGAGUCGCUGGAUCCGAAACCGAAGUCGUCCUUCUUCGGCUCGCUGUUUGGGCGCAAGAGCGCGAAGGCGGAGUCGAAAAUCCCAGACAGUUUACCCAAGGGAUUGUAUAUGUAUGGUGAUGUGGGGUGCGGGAAGACGAUGCUCAUGGAUCUGUUUUACGAGACCUUGCCAGCCAACAUCAAGUCCAAGUCGCGCAUCCAUUUCCACAACUUCAUGCAGGAUGUACAUAAGCGCAUGCACGUGGUAAAGAUGCAGUACGGUAAUGACUUUGACGCUCUGCCUUUGGUGGCGGCGGAUAUCGCGGAGUUGUCCAGCGUGUUGUGUUUCGAUGAGUUUCAGUGUACGGACGUUGCUGAUGCGAUGAUUUUGCGGAGGCUGCUCGAAUCUCUCAUGUCGCACGGUGUCGUGCUCGUGACAACCUCGAACCGUCAUCCCGAUGAUCUGUACAAGAACGGUAUCCAGCGAGAAUCCUUCAUUCCGUGUAUCAAUCUUCUCAAGACUGCUUUGACCGUGAUCAACCUGAAUUCGCCGACCGAUUACCGCAAAAUUCCUCGUCCACCAGCGGCGGUGUACCACCACCCGCUCGGUCCUGAAGCUGAUCGCCACGCGCAGAAGUGGUACGAGUUCCUGGGCGAUCCCAAUGAUCCUCCUCACCCAGAGACACAAGAGGUUUGGGGCCGUAAGAUCAAGGUUCCGUCGGCCAGUGGAAAGGCGGCCCGUUUCACUUUCCAGGAGCUCAUCGGAAGCGCAACGGGAGCGGCGGACUACUUGGAGCUGGUGCGGAACUACGAGGCUUUCAUCGUGACGGACGUUCCGGGGAUGACAUUGCAGCAACGGGAUCUGGCUCGUCGAUUCAUCACUUUUAUUGACGCCGUCUACGAGAGCAGGGCCAAAUUAGUCCUCACCACAGCCGUUCCACUCACGAACCUCUUCAUGUCCGAGCAAGAAGUCAGAACAUCCCUAGAAGAAAACGGGGACCACUCCGAUCUCUCAGACGCGAUGCGCAUGAUGAUGGAUGACUUGGGAUUGUCAGUGCAAGCCCUCAAAUCGACCUCCAUCUUCAGCGGUGACGAGGAACGAUUCGCGUUCGCUCGUGCCCUAUCCCGGUUAUCCGAGAUGGGCAGUAAGGACUGGGUCGAGCGCGGCUUGGGAGUAGGCAAGACCGUCCAGGAAGGGAAGAGCGAGCACGACGCGUGGAUGAAGGCGAGGAGCCGCUGGAGCGAGGACAACAUGUAG